AUGUUACCCACUGCCAAGCGCGGGAAGAAGUCCAAGGCCUGUGACAGGUGCUCACAGAGCAAAGUUUCCUGUGACCUGGAGCUUCCGUGCUCGCGGUGCCGGGCCGGCAGUAUGCCCUGCUCAUACUCGAGAGCCGAGACUGAUGCGACUGCUAUUCAACAUUCCGUCACUAAAGUCACCGCGGAUGAGAUCCCCUGGCUGCUGAAGAUGACAAACCCAUCCGCUGUCGCUGGCGGAGAAGACGGGGCGGCACGAGAUAUCUUUGCGGACCAUGACCAGUUCGAUGCCUUCUGGACAUUGCCAAUCCCACAGGCAUCUGACGAGGAACACUCCACACCUUCCACUGAGGAGGACUUCUUCGGUCAUGGUCUUGCUGCGUGGAUUGCGGAUUCAGAUGGUGAUCAUCCCGACUUUAACUUUGACGAUUUCAUGGACAUCGAGCAUGAUGCUUCAUUAGUGUCCCCCAUCGUCUUGAGUCGGAUGGACGAGAUGGUAUCUAAUCUUAGUAUAACCCACGAAAGGAUGAGACUACUCGACGUUAUCGAUCAAGACGCCAUCUUUGACACGAACCUCGCCCAGAUGGUCUUCACCGCGAGUAACCUGCAGUACUUCGUGUGGCUCUACUUCCAACGCGUCCACCGCUACCAUCCAAUCCUCCACCCCCCGUCCUUCGACUGCGAGACGAGCUCGCUGCCCCUCGUCAUGUCCGUCUUCCUCUUCGGCUCCCUGUUCUCCGCCCCGUUCGACAGCGCCAUAUCAGCCCGAAGCUUCUUCGACGUCGCCGAGGAGUACAUCUUUAGCCACCCCGAUCUGAGGCAGAUCCUCCGCCCGGUGGGCAAUUAUACCUCGCAUGCGUCCUCCACAAAGUCAAUCGAGAUCCUCCAGGCGGCCUUGACAAUCGGCAUGAUACAGAACAGCCGUAAUGACCAGGCUACUCGGCGUCGUAUGCGGAUUGAACGAUAUCCCGUGUUCACGUCGGCGGUUCGGUUAUCUGGCGCCUUCGAGGCUCGACACCGGCGGGAGGUGGCAGCCAACACAGCCCUCACGUGGGAUGAUUUUGUGCAUGACGAGCUCAGAGUCAGGUUAUCUCACUGGACACAGCUGAACAGCAACUUCAUCGUCGGCUGUUUCAAUGGCCACACGCAGGCCUACAUGUGCGAAAUGACAGGCGACAUGCCCUGCAGAACGGCCCUCUUUGAAGCGGAGACCUCUGACGUGUUCAAAUACCAGGUCUCUUUGGAGCCCGGCGGCCCUCGGCCCCAGUCACUGGCAGGCUCGAUUUCACUUCUCCUCCAGGAUUCGUGGCCCGGGCCGGACGAUGAAUCAUACCGUCGUGUCACGCCGGAGAUCCUAGCACUUAUCAUCAGCUCCCUCGGAGUGGUCGGCGUAGUAGCAAGAACCAACUGCCUCUUCCCCCUAUCGUACAGAGCCCUCCUGCGCGCAUUCAUGAGGUGGAAGUCGCUCUGGGACGCGAAGAUGAAGGAGAGCGAAGCGACGGGCAGGCAGGUCGGCUUUUCGAAGCACGCAAUGGAGAUGUGGUGGCUCUGCGUGGCUGUUGUCAAGGCGCAGCAGUCCGGGGACAAGUCCAAGUAUAUCUCCAACAUGGCCAUUGAUUCCUUCAACAGCGUCAAUGAAUUUCUGACCCGGUAUAUCACGACGUUGUCUUCUCAUGAAGGUUCUGCGUGA